UUUCAGGAGUAAAAACACAGGUGUAAUUUAACACACCGAUGUUGGAGUGAAGUAAACGUGUGUCCUGCUGUAAUCUGGAGAAGGAGACAUGACCUCCAACAUGAGUGUGUCUGGAAAACAGGACUUAAAGAAAGACGAGAGAAUGAUGGAGGGAAAGAGAUCAGACUCACCAGAACCCAGCUGUAUGUCCAUGAAGAGUGACGUGUCAAUGGGAGAACCAAUACACUUCAGAGACAGAGACAGUUCUAAUGAUGUGAGACCACAAAAAUCAAACAUCAGCAGAAAACAGCUGGACUCUAUAUUCAAGGAGCUGAGUCCAGAUUACCCAGCAUGCACUGAGAGGGAGGUGGAGGAUGAGGAGGAUCUGCACAGUGUCAGAGAGGGAGCGCUGAAGAUCACACUGCACGUCCUGAAGAACAUGAACCACACAGAUCUCGCUAACACACUGCACAACAAACUCACCUCUGUGUAUCAGACAAAGUUGAAGUCCAAGCUGAGAGAGAAGUUUAAAAGAAUUAAUGAAGGAAUCUCACAGCAUGGAAGCUCAGCACUUCUGAAUGAGAUCUACACUGAGCUCUACAUCACAGACGGUUGGAGUGGAGACGUCAAUAAUGAACAUGAGGUGAGACAGAUUGAGACGGCGUCCAGGAGACCAGCAACACAGGAGAAACCCAUCAAAUGUAAUGAGAUCUUUAAAGACAAGUCCAUCAGAACUGUGCUGACUAAAGGAGUUGCUGGAAUUGGAAAAACAGUCUCUGUGCAGAAGUUCAUUCUGGACUGGGCUGAAGGAGAAGUAAAUCAGGACAUCACCUUCAUGUUUCCACUUCCCUUUAGAGAGCUGAAUCUGAUGAAGCAGCAAAAUCUCAGUCUGAUGAAUCUUCUUCAUCAUUUUUUCCCAGAAAUAAGAAAACUAGAAUCAAUAGACUGUGACUCCUACAAAAUGGUGUUGAUCUUUGAUGGUCUGGAUGAGUGUCGACUCCCUCUAAAUUUCCAGAAGAAUGAGAUAUUGUGUGAUGUGACAGAGUCAGCCUCAGUGGAUGUGCUGCUGACGAACCUCAUCAAGGGGAAUCUGCUUCCCUCUGCUCUCCUCUGGAUAACCACAAGACCAGGAGCAGCCAAUCAGAUCCCUCCUGAGUGUGUAGACCAGGUAACAGAGGUACGAGGCUUCAGUGAUCCUCAGAAAGAGGAGUACUUCAGGAAGAGGAUCAGUGAUCAGAGCCUGGCCGAUAACAUCAUCACUCACCUGAAGUCUUCAAGAAGCCUCUACAUCAUGUGCCACAUCCCAGUCUUCUGCUGGAUCUCAGCCACUGUUCUAGAGAGAAUGUUGGGUGAAGCAGAGGGUGGAGAGAUCCCCAAGACUCUGACUCAAAUGUACACACACUUCCUGAUCUUUCAGAUCAAACACAAGGACCAAAAGUACCAUCAGAAAUGUGACCCUGAUCCUCAGCAGACCAGAGAGAGUAUCAUGGCACUGGGAAAACUGGCUUUCCACCAGCUGGAGAAAGGAAACCUGAUCUUCUAUGAGGAAGAUCUGACAGAGUGUGACAUUGAUGUCAGAGAAGUGUCAGUGUACUCAGGAGUGUGUACCCAGAUCUUCAGAGAGGAGUUUGGGCUUCACCUGGGGAAGGUGUUCAGCUUCAUACAUCUGAGUGUUCAGGAGUUUCUGGCUGCUUUAUAUGUAUUUUUCUGCUUUAUUUUAAGAAAUACAAAUGUGCUUGUGGGGCAAAGCACUGGGCUUUUUAAUUUCUUCAGAAAUCCAACCAUGUCUGAUCUCCUCAGGAGUUCAGUGGACAAGGCCUUACAGAGUGAGAAUGGACAUCUGGACCUUUUCCUCCGCUUCCUUCUGGGUCUCUCACUGGAGACCAAUCAAACUCUUUUACGAGACUUAAUGCCACAGACAGGAAGCAGAUCUCACAGCAAACAGGAAACAGUGGAGUACAUCAAGGAGAAGAUCAGGGAGAAUCCAUCUCCAGAGAAAUCCAUCAAUCUGUUCCACUGUCUGAAUGAACUGAAUGAUCAUUCUCUAGUGCAGGAAGUACAAACUUUCCUGUACAGAGGAGGUGACAGUUGUCACUAUGGAACCAGACUCUCUCCAGCUCAGUGGUCAGUGCUGGUGUUUGUGUUACUGACCUCAGAACAGGAGCUGGAUGUGUUUAAUUUGAGGAAAUAUGAUCCAUCACAUGAAGGUCUUCUGAGGCUGCUGCCAGUGGUCAAAGCCUCCAGAAAAGCUGAUCUGUGGGGGUGUAAUCUGACAGAGGAAAGCUGUAGAGUUCUGUCCUCAGUUCUCAGCUCAAACUCCUCCAGUCUGACAGAACUGGACCUGAGUGGCAAUGAACUGCAGGAUUCAGGAAUGAAGCUGCUCUCUGAUGGACUGAAGAAUCCACACUGUACACUGGAGAUACUGAGGAUGUGUGACUGCAGUAUUACAGAUGAAGGUUGUGCUGCUCUGGCUUCAGCUCUGAGGUCAAACUCCUCAUCACACCUGAGAGAACUGGAUCUGAACAAUAAUAAUCCAGGAGAAUCAGGAGUGAAGCUGCUCUCUGAUCUACUGAAGGAUCCACACUGUAAACUGGAGACACUGAUCAUUAAGGGUAAUAAACUCACCAGGUCUGGUGUAGGACAGGAGUCUCUCCUCAGACCUUUUUCCAGGAUAAAUCAGUUAUGGAGGUGAAGCGUUAGAACACGUCCCACAUUUCCAGCAGUUUGGGAGCUGAAUCAUUCAUAUUCAGAUGUAGAAGAUAAUAACAAUAACUGUGACUGAUCACAUCCUUUUAUCCUCUCAGCUACAACUUCACACUUUAACAUCUUUUACAAUCCAAAGUCAAAUCCUUCAGCAUCUACACACAACACAGAGAUAUCAUCACAUCAUCACACUGAUUACACAAAUACACAUCCAUGUGUUACAGAUGUUUAGAGAUUAUUUUUACCUCUUUAAUUGUAUCUCAAAUUUGUUUCUCCACAGAUGAUUGACUCACAGUUGUGAUCUUGAUUUAUUUAUUUUCCUUUAAAAGUGUCUUCUUUUCAAACCCUUUUCACCAAACACUUUUAAAAUCUUUAUUAAAAUUCCUUUAAACAUUAAA